AUGAUAGCCACCAAGGGUGCAGAGACAGAGGAGGAAGUCGCCUCCCUCCCAUCAACCGCGUCGGGAACUGGAAUCGAAGCCUGUCCGUCGACAAAGCGACGGGGUGCGGCUUCGCAGAUUUGCUUGCCCACAACUCUGUCUGAAUGCAACAGCAGUGACCAGGGCACCAUGUCUCCAGUUUCAGGAGAUACAGCAUCCCCUUCCACCAUUACGGUAUCUGCAGUUGACCACGUGCGGGAGGCAAAGCUGUCGUCUACAGCUGAGGCGAGCCAAGUUCUUGGAGACAACUCUUCGCAUUUGCUUCCUUCCGCGGAUAAGGUGAAGAUGCAGCAGUUGCAUGAGUGCCUGCUGCCUUCUUUGGAGAUGUCAACUGCUUUCACGCCCUUCGAAACCGUCUCCGAUGGAAAACGCUUCGAUGCGCGGUAUUUGCCGCUGCUGGAUUCCACAAGGGCGCCUCGACUUCCGCCGUCACCGACGUGUCCCUGCUGCCAUGGCCAGCCAGCGAGUGCCAUACCGGCGCCUCCGCCCUCUGAGCGGCACUCGUUUAGCGAAUCCGCCUCCGGCGCUGUCCACAGUGUGUCUUGCGAGACAGCCACGGUGCAUCCAAACAAGCGGAGUGGCGCAACCUGCGUCGCAUCGGGAAGAUUUUCCUCCCUUACGAUCGAAGCGCGCGUCCCUAUGCCGGCCCUCACCCCGGUACCGGUGUCCUUUCCGCCGACAGCGUCCUCAGCGCCGGUCUCGCUGCUGCUGACAUUGCCUCUCAAUCUGCCGUUUGGCCGAAUUAUUAAAUUCGGCGUGCCAUCGGCGCUUGCCAACCUGAGCGACUCCGGGGCUUCACAGCCUGCAUUAAUGCGGAACUCCUUUCCCUUACGCAAACAGCGCGUGGCCGACCGAGGCCGGGGAGACGGAAAUGGUAUUCCUUCGGUGCCCACUCCUCCAGGGUUGGGGUCUACGUGCACUGCACCUAGUGCUUCAGCAGCCGCAUCGAUGCGCUCACUGGGAGCAAAGAAGAGCUACUACUGUUUCUCGCCAUUGCUUCACGAAGCUGCCUACACGCUCCUCUCGCACGCCGGUGGCAUCUGCGACACGUUUGCGGCUUCUCUCCAUCUGGAGCUGGCGAUUCUCUAUCUGCCUCCUGCAAUACUUCCGUGGGUCGGUGCAGCGUUUAACCACUUGGCCGCAACUCUUCUACCUCGCUUCGAUGAGCCUCUGAAGCUGGAAUGUGGAGGCUUGCAGGAGCGAAACGCGCCUGGCAGGCUCGGCGGCAAAGUGCUGACAGUUGGCUGCGCCAUCCGGCAGGCUGGCGAGAGGCAAAAGUUUCAGCGCAUGCAGGAGUUUCUCUCUCAGUUCGAGCGUGAAGUGGAGAAUCUUUUGCGAGCCUACGCUCUACAGCAUCCGACGAGCAGAGCACGAGGAUCCCACCAGGUGGCUGGGGCAUGCGGGGAGUUUCCAGGACGAGACCAGGAAGGCAUGACACAAGCAGGAGUGUGUGGCCCGAAAGGACAUCACACAAGUGCUUCUGGAGAGGCGGGGGCAGCAGGGCCUUUCGAGUUCCGUGGCAGAACGCCAGAAGGUUCCGCUGGGCCUCAGUCGGGUGACGGAAGCGGUGGCCCCUCGGCCUCCGCAGUUGCUGGGUCGGCCCCCAGUCUUGGAGGAUCCUUCGGUCGUAAGCACAACAUCUGGCGUUAUUCCAUGGGCUGCGUCCCUUCGUCCGUUCUUCCCGGUUCUUCCCUGCCCUUGCCGCCUCCGGACGUGCCGUCGUCUGACUCGUGUGUCAGCUCGUUUCAACAGCCAGGGUGGCAGGCGUCUUGUCCUGCUUCGGGCUCAAGCGGCUCUGUCUCCGCUGGAUAUAUAGGCGCACAGCACCUCGGCCAUAGUUCGUGCACAUCGAACGGCAUGCAGGCAGAGUCUACCGCUUCCGCAGCACGUGGGCAGACGGAGUGUGGCUCGUCGACGAGGCCGCUGGCAGUGUGCUGCGAAGGAGUAGGCAGCAGUGGGGGUGCGGCGGCAGGGCGCGGGCUGUGGGGAUCCUUGGGGCUUCCUGGCGGUUGCUUGGAUCUAACGGUCCGAGCCUUCGAAACAAGAGCCUUGGAGAAACAUCCUCGGGAGUACGCUCGCCUCGUCGUCCGCGACAUUUGUGUCAGCGAAGUUCGCCUCGUGACCACCAGGGGAAUUCCCGGAAUCACCUGCGAGAUUGAUCCUCGAUUUGAACAGUACAGCAUUGGGACCCGGCCAAUUCUGACAACCCCUGACGGUCAACUCUGUCGGCAUUCCGUAGCCCCUCACUGGCUCUCAGAUAUCUGGGAGGUGCGCCUCAAAACACAAGCUCAGUUAACUCGGGAGCAGCAGAAGCGCCUCGUUGAGCAAUACGUGGUGGGAGAAAUCGAGCGUCGUCCCCAAGCGGAACAGCGCAGACUGCUUGACACCAUCACGCGCCUUGGAGCCGCUCUCUGGGUCAAUGGGCGUCCCGCGGGCGCGGCGCCUCCAAUGCCUCCGCCGCCUCUCCCUGUCAAGGUCCCGGACCCUCCGCGACCGUCUCCGGACUUCCAAAAUGUGGAGACUCCAAGUGCAAGAGGCAGGCGGUCGACACCGAAUCACGGCAGAACCAACACUGUGGGGUUGAGGGACGCCAUGGACUACGGCGGUAGCCUAUUCAGUGACAAGGUAGACAAGGAUGAGCGCGUGUUCCUACAGGGAAACUCGGCUGAAUGCGCUCGGGGAAGGUGCACAAACCGUGACAUAGCUUCACCGCAAGAGAUGGCGCGCGGAGACCUGACAAUGGGGCCUCUGGGGGACGAGGUGUCUCCGGGCUUCCCUUCUUGCUUCCCGGCGCCUCCCCGUUUUCCAUCCGACUUGGUACCUCGUCCCGGAGGACCAGUAGAUGAGGAUGGCCGUUUGAGAGGAGGGGAAAGGUGGGUGGGGUCGUCACCUACCUCCCGUGAAAGCCACCUUGCUCACACCCUCGCAGCAGGGGCCGCCGUAGAGGAUCGAGCUAGCCUGGAUGCACAGUCACCGACUGGCAAGAACACCGGCAUCGGAAGAGCAAACGGCAGCACGAGCUUCUCAGCGAAUUCUGAAGAUAUCGCAGACCGGGGAGCUGUCGAGGAGAGACUUUUCCAACUAUCGCUCUCUGCGUCGCAGCGAUCCAGGCGUUCCGCGAGGCACUCCGAAGAAAGACAGAAGCCCUACAGAAGGUCUGAAGAUGGCGUGUCCCUCCCUCGCGCACUGAAUGUAACGAGCAACGCAGGCCCGAUCGCAGGUCCGUCGGCUAGCUUGGAGACGGCGGCUCUGCCUUCUCCCCCUUUUCAGACGAGCAAUCACGCAGUCGUUUCGCAUGCGUCAACCUCAGAGAAGCUUUCGCAGUACGGGCCGCCAGGCUUGGAGCAACGAUCCAAGGAAGACCGGCCUUCAUAUUCGCUCCUGCAGGAAGGCGGGGAUUUCUCCGAGCACACAAAUGUAACAGCCGCCGCGUCACUUUUGAAGCAGCUGCUUGCCACUUCGACACAUGCGUUCAAACCAUAUGGAAAUCUUCACAAGACUUUCUCUUCGACGGAAGAAGGGAUCCACCAACCGCCAGCAGGUGAGGUGGUCACGGUCGUAGGAGACGAGAACCGAGGUCUCCACGUUGCCGCCGGUUCUGCCACGCACAGCGAAGUCGAUGACCUUCAGCAGUUGCUGCUGUGCGAAUGGUUCAAGGAAGGAAAUUCUCCGGUGCGAGUCACUGAGAAGGAUGCAUUCCCGGGGACGCCCAAGAGUGGAGAGAACGCAGUGCGUCGGGGGAUGCGUGAAGGAGUCGUGGAUAGAGGGCGUGCCGACAAGUACGCUUUUGAUCAGCAGUGUAAGACGCUAGCACCGAAUGGCGUUGCGUCUUCAAAGGCACAACUCGCCGCGUCUUGGAGUGACUCAUCAGACUCCAUUUUGUGGGAACAGAGUCAGGAGGCGGGUUUCAGGACGACACUACCUGGUGGAAGCGUCAGCAAAAGGGAGAGCGCAGAAGCAGAGACCCAGGCAGAGCCGUUCCUUUCCCGGCAGAUUCCAAACUGUGCCCUGACUCUGGACCCCACAGGGCGGCUCUUGCCAUCUGCUCUGCACCAGCUGCUGUCGGAUCCGUACUAUCGGCAAGCUCAUUCUGGCCACCAGGGCAGGCAACCAGGCGCUCUAUGA